GAGUACCAAGACGAUCAUCAACACCAGAAGUACCAAUACCAUUAUCAUCAACAGAAAGUGCAAGGUCUAGCACGGAAAUGACUAACAGUGCUUCCGUAUGUAAAGAACAUGGUUCUAAAGAUGAUACUUCCGAAGAUGAUCUCCUAAUGAAAUCCCCUGUUGAUAUCACCGUCGAUUGCAAACUAAUUGUCAAGAAUAUGUGUGUUAGAUCAAAAAUGGAGCAAUGGCGUCGCUCAUCAAGACAUGUUGAAGAAAUACAUAAACAAGACCUAAUGCGUUAUAAUAUUCUUGAUACGGCCAGAUCUUCUGCAACAGAAGCACGAAAUCUCUUCGGGAAGCAUUGGGGUGAUAUUAUUGGAACAAUAGAAGAAUUUUUAACGUCUAGCCCCGAUGCAACAUCAUUAGCUCCAGAAUCUGCUUCCACUUUAGCUUCGAUUGACCAAGGACAUAGAUCAAGAUGGAAGGGCAGAUGA